CAAAUACCACCUCUUUUUCUCUUCUAGUUGUUUGUUGGGUUAGGUAUCUUCUCAUCUCUCUCUUGCUCGCUCUCCCUCUAAAACCAUCACCAGAGAGAGCCUGAGAGCCUGAGAGACCGAGACCUAGACUCCGUGAGAGCUUCUUAAUCGGACCGAAACAACCUGCUUGCCCCUUUGGUGUAUUGAAUCGUUAUCAUCAUGUUUGGUCGUGCUCCAAAGAAGAGUGACAACACAAAGUACUAUGAAACCCUUGGUGUUUCAAAGAAUGCUACUCAGGAUGAACUAAAGAAGGCGUAUAGGAAGGCUGCUAUCAAAAAUCAUCCUGACAAAGGAGGAGACCCUGAGAAGUUCAAAGAAAUAGCCCAGGCUUAUGAAGUUCUUAAUGAUCCUGAAAAAAGAGAUAUAUAUGAUCAAUAUGGAGAAGAUGCCCUUAAAGAAGGAGGUUUUGGUGGUGGCGGCGGAGGUCACAAUCCUUUUGAUAUAUUUGAAUCAUUCUUCGGUGGAGGAGGAGGUUUUGGUGGUGGUAGCUCAAGAGGACGGAGGCAGAAGCAGGGAGAGGAUGUGGUACAUACUCUAAAGGUUUCUUUGGAAGACUUAUAUAACGGGACUGAAAAGAAACUCUCUCUUUCUAGAAACGCAUUGUGUUCAAAGUGCAGCGGGAAAGGGUCAAAGAGUGGGGCAUCAAAUAGAUGUGCCGGCUGUCAAGGUUCAGGAAUGAAGAUAUCAACCCGACAAAUUGGGCCAGGGAUGAUCCAGCAAAUGCAACAUGUCUGUCCAGAGUGCAGAGGCUCAGGUGAGGUCAUCAACGAGAAAGAUAAAUGUCAACAGUGCAAAGGGAACAAAGUUACCAAGGAAAAGAAGGUGCUGGAGGUACAUGUUGAAAAAGGAAUGCAGCACGGACAAAAGAUUGUGUUCGAGGGACAAGCAGAUGAAGCUCCUGAUACAGUUACAGGAGAUAUUGUGAUGGUGUUGCAACAGAAGGAGCACCCUAAGUUCAAACGGAAGUUUGAUGAUCUCUAUGUAGAACAUUCUCUGAGCUUGACUGAGGCUCUAUGUGGCUUCCAGUUUGCCAUAACCCAUCUCGAUGGCAGGCAGCUUCUGAUCAAAUCCAAUCCUGGCAAAAUCAUCAAGCCAGGUCAACACAAAGCGAUCAAUGACGAGGGGAUGCCACAAUAUCAGAGGCCAUUCAUGAAAGGCAGGCUAUACAUCUUGUUCAACGUUGAAUUCCCUGAACCUGGGGUUCUGUCACCAGAACAGUGCCGCAAGUUGGAAACAAUACUACCGCCAAAGCCAAACAGCAAUCGCUUGACGGACAUGGAGAUUGAUGAUUGUGAGGAGACUACCUUGCAUGAUGUGAACAUCGAGGAGGAGAUGAGGCGGAAGCAACAGAGUCAACACGAGGCAUAUGAUGACGACGAGGAGGAAGCAGGUGGACCCAGGGUACAGUGUGCCCAGCAGUAAAAACAAGUGUUAAAUUAAGUGGAACAAAUGAAAUUUUGUCCGCUCUUAUGAGCUCCACAGGCCUAUUAAGUUAUGGACAGAACCUAUGUUAUGUAGGUGAUAGUUUUAAUCUUUUUCGUUUGUUGCCGGCAUUUUAAUUGCUAGAAAACCUUGUUAAGAUCAUUAUUAGUGCAGUGCUUUCUUUGGUUUGAGUAUAUGAUUUAUAUAGAUCUUUGACU